CCGGGGGCCGGGCUGCUUUCCCCCCCAAAAAUGAAUGAAAUGAAAGUAGCAGUUUUGGGCAGCGAAGGAACAGGCAAAUCUGCCCUUACAGUACGCUUUCUGACCAGACGCUUCAUUGGAGAAUAUGCUUCUGACUCUGAGUGCAUCUAUACAAAGCACGUUUAUCUGGAAGGAAAGCCGUUCAACCUGGAAAUAUAUGAUCCUUGCUCACAACCUCGACGGGGGAAGUUGUCCCUCACUGAUGAGCUCCACUGGGCGGAUGGGUUUGUGGUCGUGUACGCAAUCAGUGACAGAGCCUCCUUUGCCUUUGCGAAAGCCUUGCUGUACCGGAUACAAGAGUGCCACAUGUCGGGCUGCAAAAGGGCUGCAGACUCCACUGUCAUUUUAGUUGGGAACAAGCAAGAUCUGUGCCAUAUGCGUGAAGUUGGCUGGGACGAAGGGCAAAAGUUGGCCCUGGACUACAAAUGCCAAUUCUGUGAACUGUCUGCGGCAGAACAUUGCCAGGAAGUGGCAGCCAUGUUCACCAAAGUCUUGAAGAAUGUCACCUCGAACGCUAAGGGGAAGGAGAAAAGGCGGCCUAGCGGGUCAAAAUCUAUGGCCAAACUGAUCAAUAACAUGUUUGGGAAGAGGAGGAAGUCUGUUUAGGGGAAGGUCCAUCAGCCGUGAUCAGGGCAGGAAGAAGAUGCACACAAACGAAGACCUAGUCAACAUGGAGAUUUUACUCCAGUGAAUUUCAUUUCUAAAGAGCUUCAUUUUGAAAUGAAGCCAUAGAGCAAUAUUGAAUUAUUCACACAUUGCUUGAGGUCUGAUGGAUGGUUGACUCUCCUAGGGACGUGUGACCUCUCUUCGCUGAAAAGGGUUGUAUUUGAGUUGUCACAUAACACAAAAGUUCUGCCUGCAGUGACUGAAAUAUGAUGGUAGAUCCAGACAUGCAAAUUAUUUGCUGCUAAAGCCAAUGGGUAGGCAGCAAGGCUUUCUUGACCCAGUCGAUGUUAGUCAACACUGAGUCCGAUUGAAAGCAGUGGGACCUAAGCAAACAGCAGAAAAUGACAUUGAGCUGGACUUGGGCUGGAUCUAGAUACAUCAAAGAAACGCUUCAGAAAAAUGUGUUGUAACCUUUAUAAUGAGAAAUUGUGAUGGCAAAAAUGGAAC